UCCGCCUCUUGACGGUGGUCAGGUGACCGGAGCUGGCGGCCCAUUCUCGGCUUCUCUGGUGCUUUGGCUCCGAUGUCCGCUGAGUUCGUAGCUGGGAGAAAUGGGCUCUGGCAAUGCACGCAUUUGAUCAGUCAGGGAUCCGAUCAGCUGAGUCUGUGAAUGGCGCCAAAACAGGACCCUAAACCUAAAUUUCAGGAAGGUGAAAGAGUCCUGUGCUUUCAUGGGCCACUGCUGUACGAAGCUAAGGCCUGUUUGUUUGAUUGUUGUUUUCCAGUGUGUCAAGAUCAGCAUCAAGGAUAAGCAGAUCAAAUACUUCAUUCACUACAGCGGAUGGAACAAAAACUGGGAUGAAUGGGUUCCUGAAAGCAGAGUUCUCAAAUAUGUGGACAGCAACCUUGCAAAACAAAGAGAGCUUCAAAAGGCUAAUCAGGAUCACUAUGUUGAGGGAAAGAUGAGGGGUUUAGCACCAAGCAAGAAGAUUGCCUCUGUGCAGCAGAAAAAUGUUGAUCUAUUAAACAGUCCAGAAGAGACUGGAAUGCUUUUAUUGAAAGCAAAAAAGGCGAAACAGAAAACUCCAGGGCCAGCUGAAGGUACGAGCAGUGCAGAAAUGCCUCAGGGUCCACGGAAGAAGAGGGCUCGCGUUGAUCCCACUGUGGAGAGUGAGGAGAUGUUCACCAACCGCGUGGAGGUGAAGGUGAAGAUUCCCGAGGAACUGAAACCGUGGCUGGUGGAUGACUGGGACCUCAUCACACGACAGAAGCAGUUAUUUCAUCUUCCUGCCAAGAAGAGUGUUGAUAUGGUCUUGGAGGACUACGCGAACUACAAAAAGUCGAAAGGAAACUCGGAUAACAAAGAGUAUGCAGUUAAUGAAGUGGUGGCGGGAAUUCGAGAGUACUUCAACGUCAUGCUCGGCACUCAGCUGCUCUACAAGUUUGAGCGACCGCAGUAUGCCGAGAUCCUGGCCGAGCACCCAGACACACCCAUGUCUCAGGUGUACGGAGCCCCGCACCUGCUGCGGCUGUUCGUUCGCAUUGGAGCCAUGCUGGCCUACACUCUGUUAGAUGAGAAAAGUCUGGCUUUGCUCCUCACUUACCUCCAAGAUUUCCUCAAGUACUUGGUGAAGAAUUCAGCCACCCUCUUUAGCGCCACUGACUAUGAAGUGGCGCCCCCAGAGUACCACCGCAAAGCUGUGUGAAAGCUCUCAGACACGCAACACUCGGAGACGCACACAUGAGCACUUUUUUAGGUCACAUGUAAAAUAUCCAUCACGACACGUCCAGACUUGAACUGAUACACUUCUGCCAUGGAGGUCUCAGGGGUGCGUCAGUCCUCAAGAAGAAGGAACAAACUUGUAAAAUCUUUAUCGAUUUCCUAUUUUUCCCCACUUUUUUUGCUUUAAUUUAUACCAAUUUAUUGAGAAGAUGUGAAGCUUCAUCUCCACAUUUGGCUCUCUUGUGUAAAUCUGCAUUCCAGUUGAGGUGCUUGUUACUGUUUCAUGUGUUUAUUUGUGGUUUAUUUCUGCCUCAUGAGGUGCAAUUUAAUGCCUUGCCUCAAGGUCAGCCAAUAAUAUCUAGUUGUAAUUUGUGUAUUUGUAUCAAUUUGUAAACAAAAAAAUAGCAUUUCUACACAAGUUUGUUUUUUUAUUGUUUUUUUGACGGUGAUUUGGACACUCUGUAAAUUGUUUGGUGUUAUAAUUGCUCUGCAAACAGGCAUUUUGUUAAAAAGACUUGCUGUUUCAUUGGGUCUCACAGCUCCUCCCUGCUGUUCUUGAGUGCUUCUGAAAUCAAGGACUUGCUGUGUAAAAAUUCUUUCAAUGCACCAUUAAGCAAAGAAGUACAUCUCUCGUGCAUGUUGCGGUUCCUGGGAAAUAUAAUUUUUGCCGCCUAAAGACAUCAUUUCAAGCCUUUUAAUUAGUGUCACAAGUCUGCAGCAUCCACGACGCCGGCAGCCGUGCAUGUUGGAGCCACUGACGUUUUAAUGGGUCCUUCUUCAGUGCUGCAGAAGUAACAUAAAUACUGUACAUACUGCAAGAUCAGUAUGAAUAAAUGAUUAUGAAUGCAGUAUUCAACUAUAAAUACACUUGACACCUAACUUGGCCAGACCCAACAUUAGCCGGAGAAGUACCAAACAUUUGAUGGAGACACAGACGAAGUCUUAAAAGUGACCCAUUUAUAAUUGUUUACAAGUGGUGUAUCUUUCCUUCUCACAUGACACAUGACACAUUGUCCACAAAUUUAUACAUAAAAGAUACAACGUACUUUGUAUAUAUUUAAGUUAAAAAAAGGACUGUAUUGUAUCGCCGCAAUCUAGAUAUUUAUUCAUUUGGCAUUUAAAACUAUAAAUAAAAAAUGACUUUUAACAGACUAACUUUUUUUUUUUUUUUUUUACUACCACUUUCAAAAUUUUCCAGAAACAGAUUUUUACUUCCAGAUGAAGUUAAGCCUUCUUUUACUUAAAUAAUCUCCUUUUGUAUCUGUGAUUUUCUGCUGCUAUUCCCUGAGAUCUUUUUUUUAUGCGUGUCUGUAUCUUUUACAUCUCUGUCAUCGUUAUUGUGCACCAAAAAUAUUGAGAAAUAAGUCGGCACCUUUCCAACAAUUCCCUAAAAUUUGAAGUUUGCAUGAAAAUAUUUUAUUAUUUUAAAGAUUAUUUUAAAGCUUGAUAUUUGAUCUCAUCACACAGCAAACAUGUAAAUACAGUUAAUAAACAGAAUUUGGUUCCAAUACUCUACAUUAUAGUAAUAAAGUACAACAUAAAAAAGGGGCAAUUAAUAUUUUUUUUUCUUCUUUUUUUGCCCAACCUUGUAUGAAAAUAUUAUUUAGUAAUUAACACUAUUAGUCCAUGCUAUUAGUGUGAACUGAUCUGAUUUAUGGAGCAUGGAAAAUGAAAAUUAUUAAAAUAUUGGCUACUGACUGCUCCCUUGGUGAUGACGCAUGACAGUCCACUUUUGCUUUUGUAUAAAGUGUAAUUAUUUUCACU